GCGUCGCUGUUUAGCGUCUGUUCGCACGAGACCAGUUUUCCUCACUGUGUGUGGUUGUUCAGAUCUCCAGCACAAAGCCCUCAGAUCGCAUUCAGGAUGUCCGUGUGUCCUCUCCGGACUCAUAUCUCUGUGUUAUGUUUUUAAAGUGGCCUCAGGGGUGGAAAUAAACCUGUCUGGAUGAGUUUGACGAAGAGUCGAUCUAUUGGAUGAAGAGGCGGAGCCGCAUACACGUAUGCACACACACACAGAGACAAUCGACCAGCUGCCACAUUUAUUAACUUAUUAACAUGAGACGCUUCAUUCGGCACAACAUACACACACCACGGUGCUAGAUGGUGGUUGUGAAGGCAGUGCGUAAUGCUGAAGGGGCUCGUCCUGAGUCAGAAUGAGUGUCAAAGAUGGCGAUGGGACGACUAGCCAAGAUGGAAAGGCCUACGAACUUCAGAUCUACCCCCGACUCUCUCUGGAGACGGCAUCGUGCUGUACCCUCAGAGUCACCAAGGAGGCCACCGCAGCUAGCGUCAUACGGGAUGCGGCAGCAACCCUUGGACUGGACCCCAGCAAGCUCUACGUCCUGGCCGAGGUGAAGGAGUGCGGUGGGGAGGAGUGGGUGCUUGAAUCAACCGACCUUCCGGUGCACAGGGUCCUUCUCUGGCCGAGAAAAGCCCAAGAUCAACAUUCUCAGAAAGAGGGAUUUUACUUCCUCCUCCAGGAGCGCAACCACGAUGGCUCCAUCCGCUACAUGCACCUGCCCGCCGUGGCGAACGAGCAGGAGUCCAAGCGACUGGUUGCUCGGGGCUUUCUCCCACCCCAGCAGGAGGACCUUGAGGACCUCUGUAACCUUGCAGUCCUAAGUGAGGACACCAUCUUAGAUAACCUCCGCAUUCGUUUUCAGAAGAAUAAAAUUUAUACAUACGCCGGCAGCAUUCUCAUUGCCAUCAAUCCCUUUAAGUUCUUACCCAUUUACAACCCCAAAUAUGUCAAAAUGUACGAGAACCACCAGUUGGGCAAGCUGGAACCUCAUAUUUUCGCCAUUGCCGAUGUAGCCUACUACGCCAUGUUGCGCAAGCAUGUCAACCAAUGUAUCGUUAUCUCAGGAGAGAGCGGAUCAGGCAAAACUCAAAGCACUAACUUCCUCAUUCACUGCUUGACGGCUCUCAGUCAGAAGGGUUAUGCAAGUGGCGUGGAACGAACCAUCUUGGGUGCUGGGCCUGUGCUGGAGGCGUUUGGCAACGCAAAGACGGCGCACAACAACAACUCCAGCAGAUUCGGCAAGUUCAUCCAGGUCAAUUACCUGGAGAGCGGCGUGGUGCGCGGGGCUGUGGUUGAGAAAUAUCUGCUGGAAAAGUCCCGGCUGGUGUCCAGAGAGAAGAACGAGAGGAACUACCAUGUGUUUUACUAUCUGCUGGUGGGUGCGUCGGAGGACGAGCGACGCGAAUUCAGACUCCUGCAGCCAGAAGAAUACUUCUACCUCAAACAGCAAAACUUUACGAUAGAAGAUGCGGACGAUCUUCAGCACGACUUCGAGCGGCUGCAGCAGGCGAUGGAGAUGGUCGGCUUCCUGCCGGCCACCAAGAAACAGAUAUUCUCCGUUCUGUCGGCCAUCUUGUAUCUGGGUAACGUGACGUACAGUCAGAAGUCGUCCGGCAGAGAGGAGGGUCUGGACGUGGGGCCGCCGGAGGUGCUUUCCACACUCUCAGACCUGCUAAAGGUUAAGGAGCAGCUGUUGGUGGAGGCUCUUACCAAGAGGAAAACGGUGACCGUAAACGACAAGCUGAUUCUGCCCUACAGCCACAGCGAGGCGAUCACCGCUCGAGACUCCAUGGCCAAGUCACUGUACAGCGCCCUGUUCGACUGGAUCGUCCUGCGCAUCAAUCACGCGCUGCUUAAUAAGAGAGACAUGGAGGAGUCCGUUUCGUGUUUAUCUAUCGGUGUGCUUGAUAUCUUUGGCUUCGAAGACUUUGAGACCAACAGCUUUGAACAGUUCUGCAUCAACUACGCCAACGAGCAGCUUCAGUAUUACUUCAACCAGCACAUCUUUAAACUUGAACAGGAGGAGUAUCAGGCCGAGGGCAUCACCUGGCACAACAUCGACUACACCGAUAACGUUGGCUGUAUUCACCUCAUCAGCAAGAAGCCCACUGGACUCCUCUAUUUACUUGAUGAGGAGAGCAACUUUCCUCACGCCACUGAUAAAACCUUGCUGGCCAAGUUCAAACAGCAGCACCAACAGAACCAGUACUUUGUAGCGACUCCAGUGUUGGAGCCGGCCUUCGUCAUCCUCCAUUUUGCUGGGAAGGUCAAAUACCAGAUUAAGGUAAAAGCAACUGAGUAUAAGAAUGAUAAUCUAUUUGAUAUCAUCGUGGCUCUCUUACGGAGCAGCGACCGAGCUUACGUCCGGCAGCUGAUCGGGAUGGACCCGGUGGCGAUGUUCCGGUGGGGAAUCCUGCGUGCCGCCGUCCGCGCUUUGGCCGCCUUCAACGAGGCCGGCCGCCGCUGGGCAACCAAGACUGCAGGUGUGGUCAGACCAAACUCCAGAGUUCCUCUAGGAGAGCUACAGAGAUCCAACCUGCCCAUUGAGAGGAUGUACCGCCACGCUCCUAUGCUUGAUUUCUCCUUUGAUCAUUCAGAGGAGCGCCCUCUAGAGGCUUUUGAGGACAUCUUUGCUAGUUAUGAGAGUAAGAAGGACAUGCAUGUCCAAAUCAUCAACUCCAUUAAGGACUUGCAGUUGGAUGGGGAAGAUCCACGUAGACUGCUGCAGUCCUGGGGUCGCCUGCGGUUCCCGCGCCACGUCCUCCAGAAAAACAAGAACCCCAAGACCAAGCAACUCAUUCCUAAGAACCUGUUGGACUCUCGUUCACUGAAAUUUGUAGUGGGCCUCCAUGACCGCUCCACCAAGUCUUUGCUUCAUCUACACAAGAAGAAACGUCCUCCCAGCAUCAGUGCCCAGUUUCAAACAUCUCUUGGUAAGCUUCUGGAAACGCUGGGGAAGGCGGAACCAUUCUUCAUCAGAUGCCUUCGCUCUAAUGCUGAGAAGAAGGAAAUGUGUUUUGAUGAAGCACUCAUUGUGCAGCAGCUGCGGUACACAGGCAUGUUAGAAACGGUGCGCAUCAGACGGUCAGGUUAUGGAGCCAAAUACACCUUUCAGGAGUUUACUGAGCAGUUCCGUGUGUUGCUGCCAAAGAACGCUACGUCCCUGGAGGACAUAUCAUCUCUAUUGCACAGGCUUGGCUUUGACCACACUACCUACCAGAUUGGGAAAACCAAAGCGUAUCUCAAAGAGCUGGAAAGGCAAAAGCUUCAGGACAUCCUCCACAAGGACGUCAUGCGCAAAAUCAUUUUCUUGCAACGCUGGUUUAGAGCUAAAAUGCAGAGGAUGGAGUUUAUUAGAAUGAGAGAGGCAGCCAUCUUAAUCCAGCGCUCAUGGCGCAGCUACCGCAGAGAGAAGUUCUGCCAAGCGGCGCUUCUGAUCCAGUCAGCAUGGCGAGGCUCCAAGCAGAGAGCUGAAUAUCGAAAAACACAAGUAUCCAUCACAAAGAUACAGGCACUUGUAAGAGGGCAUUCGGCUCGCAAACGGUACUACUCCCUAAAGGAAGAGGAGAGGAAAAGAGAGGAAGAGGAAGCUCGGAGAAGAAAAGAGGAGGAGGAGGAAGCAGCUCGACGAGCCAAGGAGGCAGAAGAGGUUGCUAGGCGAGCUAAAGAGGCUGAGGAGGCAGCCAGACGAAUCCGAGAGGAAGAAGAGGCAGCCAGGCGUGCCAGAGAGGAAGAGGAAGCAGCUAGAAGACAGAAAGAGCAAGAAGAAGAGGCAACUCGGCUUGCUUUAGAGGCUGAGCAGAAGGCUGCAGAGCAGCAGGAGAAGAUUCCUCUACAACAACCAACAGCACCAGGCAAGAAGUCUGACGAUGUGGAGACACUAGUGCUGGAGCGCCCUGCGGCUCUUGUGGAUGUUGGGAUUGAAAGUAAGGACAGGGCCCAAGCUGAUGUCUCAAAAGACCAAAAUCAUUCUGAGAAGGUUCCUCAAGUGGAGGCGGGUCCUCACCCUGAGGUUAAAGAACACCAGAAGCAAAAGGAAAAUGGGUCUUCUGCACAUCCCAGAGAGGACGGUACACAUGCUAAACCCACGUCUCCUGAAAUCCCAACCGGACAAAGCCAAGACAGACCUCCUUCGCUCUCCAAACUUCCAGCAUCCAGAUGUCAGGAGAAACGGGAGCUUAGGAGACAACGUGGCCUAGAGCACAACCAGAGAGAAAGUGAGCGAGCCGCUUCGGCUGGAAAAGAGGACAAAGCUCCAGAGAGUCCAGGAAAAGCAGACGGCAAAUUGAAGGAACGGUCCGACAGCAAAGAGUUGGAUCAGUAUACCUUUGUGGCUUGGAAAGUAGACAAGACAAAGAGGGAUGCCAAAGAUGUCUCACCUGACCUUGUUCGACCUUCCACCUUACCUUUAGAUAUCCCUACUUCUGGGCCUGGAAGAAAUGGCUACACUGACCCGUCCAUCUCCGCUCAGCCUGCUCUUGCCAAAGAAGAAGCCAACAGGAAAAAAGAACCAACAAGAAGCAGCACUCAGCCAGAAAACCUCAUAGCAGGACCCCGCAGUCUGGAUGACAGGCACAUCAAAACUCUCCAGAACCGUGGAAUCUCUAUGUCACUAGACGAUGUGUCCAAAAUAGGUUUGGGCGGUUCAUCACAGGGCAAAACUCGUCAAAGACGCAGGCCACGGCUCGCACUUGCACGUAUAUGUUUGCCCAUUAAAAGUGUUGAAAUGGAGGAUGCAGAGUACUGGACUUUUCCUUUACCUCCCAUGAGUCCAUUCGAGAUACAGUCCAGCACUAAGGUUGGUCCUGAAAGAUCGAAGGCAAGCACAUUAAAGGAAAAAGUUCAUGACACUCGCAGCCUGCAAGAUCCAUCACCUGUCCAGCCGUCGACCCCAGAGAGGACAACAGGCUUUUUCAGAAAGAUCCUGAAGAAACGUCCACAUAAAGAAGCAUACACCCCGGAAGAUGGAGACCUGACCCUAGCUUCCUUUUUGGAUCAAAAAGAAGCCACUUCUCCAUCACGCUUGCAUAAUUCAAAGCUACAUGCGAGUCGACCUGCUCAGACCCCCAGCAUCAUGAUCAGUCACUCAGCAACUCGGGCCUCUGAGCAGUGUAACUCCUCGCUGAACCGCGUGAUCACCAAUGCGAAUGAGCUACGCCACCUUGAUGAGUUCCUGGGCAAUCAGGUGAAUGAUCUACGCUCGCGGGGAAAGCAGCUUUCAGGAACAGAGCACAUCUUCAUUACUGCCACUAUGCAGUUUAGAGAAAACAUCAAGGGAAUGUACUCAUUCUCUAAACCACAAAUUGGGUAUAAGGCUUUGAUGAAUAGCUACCACAAAAAAGUGAUCAGUCUGGCAGGAGAAAAGCAGAAAGGUGAGGUGCCACUGGUGGUCAAUCUCUUCCAGUCAGUUUUGGAUGGCUUUAUCAGAGCGGAGAUCAAAAAAGAAGAGGCCGAUCCAGCCAAGCCACCCAAAGGUCGCAAGAUGAGAAGGAAGAAGGACAAGAGCUUGGAGAAUCCAUUGGACCAUGUGUUUACACACUACCAAGUCAACAUCAUGCAGUCUUGUGAUCAGUGCACCUCCUACAUCUGGGGAAUGGAGAAGGCCUACAUGUGCAGUUAUUGCAAAAUGAUUUGCCAUAAGAAGUGCAUUUGUAAAAUUGUCAUAGGCUGCUCUACGUUCGGCUCCAAGAAGAGUGAUGAUGAGCCUGGAUCACAACACUUCGGUGUGCGCGUGUGCCACCUGGUCAACAACAAGACCCCUGUGCCAGUUGUGCUGGAGAUAAUGCUGGAACACGUGGAAAUGAACGGACUGUACACAGAGGGCAUUUACAGGAAGUCCGGCUCAGCCAAUCGCAUGAAGGAGCUUCACCAGUUGUUGGAAGCAGGCCCAGAGAAUGUUAGUCUUGAGGAUUACCCCAUCCAUGCAGUCACUGGCCUGGUCAAACAGUGGCUAAGGGAGUUGCCUGAACCUCUCAUGACCUUCACGCACUACAACGACUUCCUCCGUGCAAUAGAACUGCCUGAGAAACAAGAGCAACUGCAAGCCAUUUACAAAGUUUUGGAGCAGCUUCCACCAGCCAACUUCAGCACCUUGGAGAGACUCGUUUUCCAUCUUGUCAGGGUUGCGAAGGAGGAGAAGAGCAAUCGAAUGACGCCAAACUCUCUAGCCAUCGUUUUUGCUCCCUGCAUUCUCCGCUGUCCGGACAGCGCCGACCCGCUCAUGAGCAUGAAAGACGUCGCCAAAACCACCACUUGUGUGGAGAUGCUACUUAACGAACAAAUCCGGAGAUACAAUGAGAAAAUGGAGGAGAUCGAGCAGCUGGAAUACGCUGAGGCACUGGCUGUCAAUCAGCUCAAGCUAAAAAGACAAAACACGUGCUGGCAUUUACCUCUCAGAUUUAUCACUCCUUACAAAGAAGUGGCGGUUCGGGUGAAGCCAGCUUCCGAUCUUUGUGCUGUACCUGAGAAUGAGCCCCUGGAUUCAGAUACAGAAGCUGAGCGAAACCUGAUGGAGCGGAUCAAGUCCAUCAAGCAGGAAAAAGAGGACCUUGCCUGCAGGCUACCAGAACUAGAACAGCCGGGUUCUGACCAGGAGAACCUGGACUCGGAGGCAUCUGUCAGCUCUGAGAGCCUGUUAGAUGAGCGAGCGGUCUGUUCGGACACGGAAGGACAAACAAUCGUAAUUCCAAGAUUAUCCAAACCAGCUUGCCCUCCAAAGUCUGUCGCCCUGGCCCAAGGAGGCAGCAAAUGGGCUGACGGCCCCUCUCUUCCUUCACUGUCUUCUCCCAGGCUUCAGCUCCAGCGUCGCCACCCUAUCAUCCCCAAAACGGUCAAGCUGCCCCCAGGAGUCUUGUGCCACCCAGCUGUACAGUCCCUCCCUCCCCGCAAAGCCCAGUCCCUCACCCUCGUCCAGCGGCGCGAGCAACCCGGCCGCCGCAAAGACAGCAUCCAGUCCCUCUACAUCACCGCUGGAACAGAGCUCGUCUUCCCGCCCUCACCUACAGCCUCAGACACCUCCAGCACACAGGAGCUCCAGACCUCCUCCCGACGUUUCUCGGACCCGGACAUUGCUUUCGUAAAGGAUAAGGUUUGACGUGCAAAGCUGCCUGCUCUCGAAAGAACAAUUUGAUUGGUUGUUGUCACUGCUUGCCCCGGUCGUAGUGACUGAUAAAGAGAAUCGUCUCACCUAGCACUUUUCCAUACUAAUAAUAUAUUGGAUUUUUAAGGAACUUUUUUAAGACUCUGAUUUGUGCUGCAUAUUGGCGUUGACAUGCAUCAAUGCUUGAUGCUUGAAUUUUUUUUUUUUUUUUACUUUUUUAGCAUCAAGAAAACAGUCUUGCACCUUUUGUGUCUUUAUCGAACAGGAACAGACUAAUUCAACCAUGAGGAGUGAUACCUUGAUGGUGUUUUGUGGACUGAUUUAUUUGUACAUCCAAUGCUUUGUUCAUCUUAAAUUGACUUUUAAGCUGUAGAUCCUCCCUUGAUUCCUGCACAAGAACUCAAUGGACAAGUUUUGACUAGAAGGGGGAAGGAUGCAGCACUAGCCACUUUCCUCUUGGACCAGAAUGCCAGAAUGUGUUUGAUAAACGAUAUGACACUUUGGAUCUGCGUGGAUGUCUGUUCAGAAUAGCUUUGUGUAGGACUAAAUACAGUUAGUGGCCAAGCCAUUGUGUUUAAUACUAAAGUCAAGAGUUACGAAUGCUGUUGAAUGUUGAAUGAAAAGUAUGGAACGAAUGCCGGCUGGAUGUCUAUGAUGUAAAUUACGUUUAGCAUCACGAGGACCGGAUGUGCCUACUAGCAUUGCUGUUUUUGAGUCCUCAGUGACGUUUUUGCAUUUAAUGGAAAAAUGAAACUAAUUAUUUUCCUACAAUACAGUUUGUACUGGCCGCAAA